AUUCGGCUCUGUAAGAUACGGGCAGUGUCUGAAUGUGUUUACUAGGCAUUUCUGCAUAUAUAAGUCGGCUGCUUACCUGCCUCGAAAUGAUUACAACAUCUCAAACUUGCUCAUCCACUCGCAAGCAUGUAUCUCUUGCAUACUCUUCCUCUUCUUGCUUCCUGGGUCGCCUAUGCUGCUGGUUCUGCGGCCAUGAAGCGUCAGGCCUCCUCAACCUCGUCUGCUGCUGGCUCUGCCACAACCCUGACUCCAGACGAUGCCGACACAGAAUGUACCAACGGCCCCCACAGCCGUGCAUGUUGGGGGGAUGGUUUCUCUAUCGCGACCGACUUCGACCAAAAGUGGCCCGACACCGGCAAGACUGUGCCGUACACGCUAGAUAUCACAAACACUACCCUUAAUCCCGAUGGUACGGGUGAUCGCUUGGUCAUGUUGAUCAACAACCAAUACCCUGGACCUGUUAUUCGGGCUCAAUGGGGAGAUUGGCUCGAGAUAACUGUCAACAACAAGCUACCCAAUAAUGGGACAGGUAUUCACUGGCACGGUAUUAGACAGUUCGAGACGUGUGAUCAAGAUGGUGUCCCUGGCAUAACUGAGUGUCCGAUUGCACCUGGAACAUCUCGCACUUAUCGUUUCCACUGCACGCAAUUUGGUACGAGCUGGUAUCAUAGUCAUUGGAGUGUUCAAUAUGGUGUAGGUACACUUGGCACGCUUGUAAUUGACGGACCUGCUACGGACAACUACGACGAAGACCUUGGACCGUUCGCUCUCACUGACUGGUAUGAUGAGACUGCUUUCUUCAACAACCCGUUGGCCCGAAUUGCACCUCCACAGCCCUAUACAGGUCUGGUCAACGGAAUGAACGUCAGUCCGGAUGGAACCAAGGGAAAGUACUACAACGCUACGGUCAAGUCAGCAAAGAAGUAUCGCCUUCGACUCAUCAACACAUCUGUGGACAGUGCUUUCAUGGUAUCGCUCGACAACCACCCAUUCACCGUCAUCACGAGCGACUUCGUUCCUAUCAAACCUUACGUUGCAGAACGUGUGUUUAUCGGGAUUGGUCAAAGACUGGACGUCAUUAUCGAAGCCAAUCAGACAGCAAGCAACUACUGGUUUAGAGCAGAUGUGCCAGCUGGUGCAUGCGGCAGCAAUGCAAAUCCCAAAGGUAUCAGAGCCAUCAUUCACUACGACAAUACAACCUUCGGUAACCCUACGAGUACUGCUUGGGACACGACUGGUGCCAAUGCGGAUCGAUGCACAGACGAAUCAUACAAUUCGAACAAACUGGAGCCAUAUUGGGACAGCUUUGUUCCCAGCGAUGCCUUGACAGCUAACCCUACGCUAUUGAGUGUACAGGCUCAGGAAGCAGGCCUUACCACUGACAACAGAACUAUCUUCAGAUGGGCCAUCAACACCACGUCACUCAAUGUUGACUGGGACAAACCGAUUCUUGAGUAUGUCCAAGAAGGCAACACGAGCUACCCUGCUUAUGAGAACUUGAUCGAUGUGCCUGACGUAGCGUGGACGUACUGGGUCCUGCAGGAAAUCAGCACUCCCGGCGGCAUACCAUUGAAUAUCCCGCAUCCUGCGCAUCUCCAUGGUCACGACUUCUACGUGCUAGGUGCUCAAGAGAACAGUGUGUACACCAACGCGUUGUCGGCUCAGCUGAAUUUCGAAAACCCACCCCGUCGUGACACCGCGAUGCUUCCAGCCGGUGGAUGGCUCGUUAUCGCCUUCGAGACCAAUAAUCCUGGUGCCUGGAUCAUGCAUUGCCAUAUUGCCUGGCACGUGGCAGACGGUCUAGCCACGCAGUUCUUGGAGACGCCAGACCAGAUCAAGGUCGAUCCUAGCUUCAACGAGAUAUGCAGUGCUUGGAGAGACUACUACCCUGAGCAUGCUGUCUACCUCAAGGAUGACUCCGGUGUUUAGAUUGGAUGUGCUGCUGUGGAUCGAUCGAUUAUACCUUUCGACGGGAAACAUAGGUCAAUACAGGAUAUAACUUUCUUUUGGAC